AUGGGGUUGUAAGAUUCCUAUUGUAAUUUAUAUCCAAAAGCUUAUUAUUUAAUUUCUUAAAAAGAUUAAAAUGAUGCUUAAUUUAGUCGAUCUUAAGAUGAUGUUAUAUUUAAUAAAACUACUGGUGAUUAUAAUUUAGAUAAUCUAAUUGUUUUCUUCAAUCCUACUUAUAAUCAAGAUAUAGUUCUUCUAUUGUUAAUUGAAUUCAAUAGUGUUUCAUUCCCUUAAUCAGAAGAGAGUCAUCCUUUUUUAACUUAUAAUUAUGUCACAAAUUAUUAAUUACAUGCGGACUUAAAAACAUUUUCUUUUAAAUUAGGUGGAUUCUUCAAUCAAUCUUUAGGUGGAUGUGUUUUUUAUGAUACAUUUAACAUCAUAUUAAAUGUCUUCGGCAGCUCAAACUUGUAGUUAUAAAGAUGA